CUGCACCUGGUACAUAUGCUGUCUCACCUCCAGCAGCUUACUAUGCGUACGUCUGUGGGUACUGUGCCUACCUGUACUUCAAGCUAUCAGCAGCCACCACUGGUUAUUGCUAUCACAGUGUUCUUUCUUCUGGUUGUUGCAUUCUAUGCUUUCUUUGCACCCUUUCUCGGUAAACAGAUAUUUGAAUAUGCUUCAAUUGCUGUUUACACUCCUGUGGCACUUGCAGUUUUUAUUCUUUAUGUUCGUUGUACACGUAUAAACCCUGCUGAUCCUGGAAUUAUGCCAAAGUUUGAUAAUGAGGUCAUUAAUUUACCUAAGAAUAAUCUGGUGGUGCAAGGCACAAACGAACUCGACAAUCUUGAUAAUAAUGCAAUUGGAGCACAUUCUUCUCUAUCAUCAGCUUGUACAAGCUCUCUAGAUGGUAAUCCUAAUAAAAAAACUUCACCUGGAGGAGAUGCAGGGAUAAAUACCCCAGUGGGCCCACCAAGUAGAAUUGAGUCACCUUGCUGCAGAUUUGGAGGGUUCAUCUGUGCAUUAUUUGUAAAAGAAGAUUGCUGCAAACCAGAAACCACUGAGCAACAAGCUGGUGGGGAAGAGGCUUUGUUCUGUACAUUGUGCAAUGCGGAGGUUCGCAAUUUCAGUAAACAUUGCAGAAGUUGUGAUAAAUGUGUUGAUGGGUUUGACCAUCACUGUCGGUGGCUGAAUAAUUGCGUGGGGAGGAAAAAUUAUAUAACAUUUAUUUCUCUUAUGGCCACUAGUCUCAUUUGGCUUGCAAUCGAAUGUGGUGUAGGCAUUGCUGUUCUUAUUCUCUGCUUUGUUGAUAAGAAGGGUACAGAGAGCAUUGUUAAGGAGAAACUAGGAAAUGGUUUCUCUCGUGCUCCAUUUGCAACUAUUGUGGCCGCAUGUACUGCAGUAUCAUUACUCGCUUGUGUGCCUUUAGGUGAACUCUUCUUUUUCCACAUGAUACUGAUCAAAAAGGGAAUUACAACGUAUGAGUAUGUUGUUGCUAUGAGAGCUAUGAGUGAAGCACCUCCAGCAUCUGCAGAUGAGGAAGGACAAAAUGCAAUUUAUUCGCCAAGUAAUUCUGCCACAACUGGUUUAAGUGGUGGAAGUUCUGUCAUGAGCCUUCAGUAUAAAGGUAUAUGGUGCACUCCUCCGAGGGUAUUUGUUGACCAGCAGGAUGAAGUCAUCCCACAUUUGGAGCCAGGUAUGGUACCUUCAACUGUUGAUCCAGAUGCUGCCGGGUAUUUUGAAAGAGCAACCAAGUCCAGAAAGACUGUUAAGAUCAGUGCCUGGAAGCUUGCCAAAUUGGACUCCAAUGAGGCAAUAAAGGCUGCAGCCAAAGCCAGGGCAUCCUCUUCAGUCCUUCGGCCCAUUGAUGCUCAUCGUGUCCCUGAUGUGGACUUCAGCUCAAGUGGCAAUGCAAGUGUCAGAAGUAGUACAAGCAUGGAUUUUACUGCAACUAAAGAAUCAAGGAUUUCUCCUCUGGGGGACUCGUACCCACAGAGUGUUGCAAGCAAGGAAGAUUGUGAGACUGGUACACAAACUGCAAGCAGCUUAAGCAGUCCAGUUCACAUCCAUGAUCCUGUUGCUCUUAGUUCGCUGCCUUUGCAGCAUUCACUUCCUGAACGUUUUCGACCUGUCCUUCCAAAAAGGCCUUUCCCAACCAUCCAGAUGACUAACCCAAUGUUCCAAUCUGCCGCUGUUAGGGAGACCAGAAGGGCCUCAGUCACAUGGGAUCAAGAAGCUGGCCGGUAUGUGUCAGUACCCAUGACUGAUAGAAGUGAAACUACUAUGGCGGUUCCAGUGAGAACCUCUUGGGUUUCAAUGGUAAGUCCUCCUGCAGAAUCUAGUGCUUAUGGACGAAGACCAACCCUUUCGAGUGCCUCUGUUUCAUUGAUGCCUCCUAUGCCACAAUUAGAGAGACUAAUGUACACAGGGCAAUCGAUAUUCUUUGGUGGGCCCCUUCUAAAUGCUCCAGUUAGGGAUAUGGGGGGCAAUGAGAAUGCUGCUGUAUUGAGACCAGAUACCGGGAAGGAAUCUCAUGUUCAUCGUGGGGUACAUGGAGACAGAGGUCAAGCAGCAAACUCAUUUCCUGUGUUUGUUCCUGGAACAUUUCACAAGAACCCUCCAUCUAAACCCAGGUGACUUCUUGCAUAAUAUUCUUCUGAUUUCACCAUUUUGGAAUUGUUUAAGUAGUGGCAUGGAUCUGCUCUUGUGGGAUUUAUGAUAAGGAGGUGCUUCAACAGCAAAUUCUUGAGGCAGCUGAGGAUGAAAAUUAAAUUAUGACUGCUGUUUAAGUUAAUGCUGCAAACUGUUGUAACUUGUAAGGUUUUAGAUCCGCGAGCCAAGCUGAUGCUCCAGUUGAGAAAACAUGACCAUAAGAAUGGUCAUCCUAUCCAAUGCACCCAGAUCUGCCAUGGCGGUGUUUCCUUCUUUGCUGAUUAAUUAUUCCUGCCUGUGAAACAGUUGACCUCCAGCGAAGGAUUGUCAUCAGAUGUAUUUUCUUUAGCGCAAAAAUUUUUAUGCAGCUGUAUGUCUUUUUGUACAUUCAUUUGAGGAUCAUGUUGGUUUCUGAUCUAUCAAUGGGCAUUCCUUUUUAUCUUCAUUAGAUUUGAAGUUUUAAGAAUCUCAGCUAUCAUCUUUUCCAACUUAA